AAGCACUGAAACAAAUGGGGAUAGCAGCAGCAGUUGGGGUUUUGGUGCCGUUCCCAUUUUACUACUGGCUUUGGACCAGACCACAGUCAUGGGUGGACCUGUGUGGGAAGGGGCGGGACCCAUCAAAGGUGAUGGCCCACGUAUCUCAUUUGCUGAAGGUGGUUCAGUUGGUCUCACUCUUCUCUGUGUCCUCCCUCUCUUGGCCUCCCCCUCUCUACUUCUGGCCCCUCCUCGCCUUUGGCCAGUUCCUCAACUUCAGGGUGUAUCAGUUGCUUGGUGAAUCUGGUACUUACUAUGGAGUUCGCUUUGGACAGAACGUUCCCUGGGUGACAGAAUUCCCGUUUGGGGUUAUUAAAGAUCCUCAGUACGUAGGAAGCAUUAUGAGUCUUCUUGCAUGCCUUUCUUGGGUGCCCUUACAAUACAUUCUCCUCUGGUCACUCGGCUAUGCCUUCAUGGUAUAUCUAGAAUCAAAGGAAGAUCCAUCCACUCGGGCAAAGCUAGUCUCAUGAUUGCAGCAGUUGCAAUGGACCAACCAUUGAUCAUGGAAGAACCAACUGUGCCUCAGAUUGUCCAAAGUAGAUUGUCUAGAGGUGUUUCUUUUCUUUGCUUGUCUUUCUUUUUCCUCUUAAUAAAAAGAGAACCGUUUUGCUCGAUCGAGCUUACA